GCCCACUCUGAGUCGCCGCUGCCAGCUCUCUCACUCAAUAUUGCUUUGUGCUUUCGCUUCGGUCUGCACGCUGGUCGGAUUUCUGGACAGCAAGUCAAAAUACCGAAACCUGCAAGACUGUGCGGUGAUACAGGUGAUGACGCGCGAGGAAAGGAAGCGUUUGAUUGUGUUGGUGACGGGCGCGAAUGGGGGUAUUGGCUUUGGUACAUGCCACCGCUUGCUCGUCCAGCUGUCUCAGCGUCGCCCGCCAGAUGCGCAACCCUUCUUCACGUCUGUGCUCCCGUCGAGCGAGUUGCCGUCGGUCGAGCCAGCAUGCGACCUAACUAUCAUCAUGGCCUGCCGGAGCACCCAGCGUGCUGAAGAGGCGCGACAAAAAUUCUCCAAAGAAGCGUCACAAAAGUACCCGUACAUCUCACAUACAAUCUGCAACGCUGGUCUUGCGACAUUCAGCCACCUACACUUUCUUGUCUUCUUUAAACAAUGCUUCGAAUCGCCACUCAAGGCCGUGAAGCACCCCAUGUUCAACAUACAAAAGGUCGGGGUGUUAAGUCCAGAUAAUCUGGGCAUGGUAUGGCAAUGUAACAUCUUCGGCCAUUAUGUCCUCUUCCGUUCUCUCCAACCGCUUCUCUCCGCGUGGACCGCCCGAUGUCCCUCUGAGCCAGCUCGUGUUCUGUGGAUGUCCUCCCUCACGAAGGUCGCGACGUCCUACCAAGCAUCCAAGGCCCAGCUGGACCUAAUGGUUUGGGAGCUCAGCAAGCAGGCGAAGGCGAAUAGAAGCGACGUCCAGCACUAUAUCGUGACUCCCGGAAUCACUGCGACGAACGUUGCGGCUGCCCUUCUAAGACCGUAUAUACUUGAAUUGCUGAUGAUUGCGUUCUUCUACUUCUGUCGCUUCAUCGGGUCGCCCCACGUGCUCUUCUCAACAUACAAGGCUUCCGUUGCUGCUUCACACAUCACCCUCACACCUUCUCGGUACAUCCCAUCCACCGCCGCUGCGCACAACGCCGCUCGAGCAAAGGCGCAGAACGGCUACGGCGCGACGGCGAAUGGAAGCACCCAAAUAGUGUUCCCCAAGUUCAGCGCCGCCAACGAGCGGUGGGGGAGGGAGUACGUCCAUAUUGAGCCUGUGACGGUUUGGGAGCAACACCCGGACGAGGGCGCACGAGCGAUCGAACGAUGCGAGAGAUUGUAUCAGGCGUUUCUGGAGAAGGAGAAGGCGGGCGUGAACGGGACGGCGAACGGACAUGCAUGACGAGGCCUUGGGGAUCUAAGUGCUUGCAUACUACGAUUGUCAUAUUUUACCGCAAUUUAGGAUGUAUGCGUGUCGACGACUCUGAGUAUUCUGAACGCACAGCUUAGCUGCAAUAAUAUUGCUAUGACG